GACGUAGAAUCAGGAAGUCACGGGAUAGUUUUGCUUCGGUUUUUCGAGUAUCAAAACGGUGUGGUUGUUGCUUUCUCUAGAGUAAAAAAUGAGCCGAAUUUAUAACAAUACGUCCUUGCAGAAUAAACCUGUUCAUAAUGAAAAGAUUGAGCACGCGUGGGCCCCCUCCUCAUAUCAGAGUGGUCUGGGUGUCAUAUUAGAGGGAAAGUUGGUUGAUGUCUCACGCCAUGUUAUCACUGACGUCAACAAUCAGAAGGACCGUUUCUAUGUCCUAUACAUCAAACCUAGUCGAAUCCACCAAAGGAAAUUUGAUGCUAAAGGAAUGGAAAUUGAACCAAACUUCAGUGAUACCAAAAAGGUCAACACUGGUUAUCUCAUGUCAUCAUUCAAGGUGGAGGCUAAAGGAGAGACUGAUUGCCUCACUGAGGUCCAGCUGGAAAACCUAGUGACCAAGGAGGAUCUGGUUAAAGUGACAGGGAAACACUGUCUAAGUGGGACCUAUGCUUUCUGGUACCCAGAGGGAGAGAUGAGCAAGACUGAACUAGAAACAGGCCAGGACAUUCGACUGAAAACCAAAGGCGAUGGCCCAUUUAUUUUUUCCUUGGCCAAAGUCGAUGGAGGCACAGUGACCAAAUGCAAUUUUGCCGGAGACAAAGAAGCAGGAGCAUCGUGGACAGACAAAAUAAUGUCCAACAAAUCCGAUGCCAGCAGUGCAACGAAGUCUGAAGGCCAUGGCGAGGGAGCAGAUGAGGAGGAAUGGGAUGAAUGAGGAGAUGAAUGGAAUUGCACAGUAAAACCUCCUUAUUCCUGUGAUGGUUUGUACUCUACGGUUCCACCCGCUUAACAUUGCUUGUGCAGCAUAUGCACACUAAAGAGGAAGAGGGUCGUUUCAUUUUUUAUUCAGCACUCCUUUUGUAAUAUAGAGUUCUCUACAAGAAGUUGACAAAUCUGGCUAUUGCAGUGUAUCUUCGGUAUAGGGGUGUACAUGUAUUGCUUUGAACCUGUCUUUGGUAAACGUCAUACAUGCUUUUCUUCUCUACUUUCUCUCUAUUGAAAAUGUAUCCUUGUUUGUAGAAGGGUACAAAUGAUAUGUACUGCACAUGUUAACCUUGUAAUAAAGCACAUGUCAAUUUAUCUGAUGGGGUUGUUCUAAUCAUGUGUGUCAUCCAAAAUGUAAACCAUCAAUUGGGUAAGAGUGGUCAUGCAAGGGCAGAGUUAUAACUUUUAUUAGUAGAGUAGCCAUUGUCUGCUAAUCAGAUUAUUAGUGUGUGCAAAUGUAUGAAGUUGCCAAAUAGAUGUAGGCUAAAUUAAAUCAUGCAUUCUCAAAAAAAAAAGAUUCAAAACUGUUUGGGUUACCAGCAUUAAUGAAUACAGUACUUGUGUACAUGUAACAAAUAAACUUAAUGUC